AUGUUUCAGGAGACAGAAACGAUAAUAAUCGUGAGCGUAUUCAGCGCCGCGUGGUUCGUCCUUCUUCUCAUCUGCAUCAUCCUCUGCACGCAGGUCUCGAGCCUGCGCAAGAAGAUCCACGACCUGAACAACACAGGCCGGCUUCGUGUACAGAAACUUAAGAUGAGCACCGAAGGAAACCACGCGUUCAACAACCCUGCGCUGUCUCCUGACGAAGAACUGUCUCGCCGCGGCUUCUCCAUGUAUCAGGGAUCUGAGGGUGAUCUGGAGAGUGGCCGAGGUACUGAUCGGCAGACAGGUGGGGAGUUCGUAGAGGAACUGUCUCGUAAAAUAGACGACAGACAGCAAAGGCAGAGUCAAGCCAAUGGACACCCUCCGCCCUUCUUACUACAAAGUAUAGAAGACAGCAAAAAGAAGACCAGAAGUAUGGUCAACCCCGUAGCGAAUCCAGGGCGGCAUAGCAACACAAAUCCGAACUUUAUCUAUUAA